UUUCCAGGUGGAAAUCCAGGAGGAGCUGAGACCAAACUUAACUGGGACGACUGGUGAACCCGGUUCAGGACAGGUCAUGGAUGAGAUCCCGGAGCAGCACCGUGGAGCUUUAACUACAACCAGUUGAAGAUACAGCUGGAGUAAAAGGGAUAUUCACACAUUUUGGGGAUUCGACUGUUAAACACCAGCUUUUUUUGUGUGUGAAAAUAUGCAAUGAAAAGGAGUCAAGGCGGAGAGGAAUCAGUGAAAGGGCUGAUGUGAAUGAUCACCUUUGCUCAGACGAGGAAGGAUACGGUGAAAAGGCGCCGAGAUGAAGGAGAAAUCCAAAACGGCCGCAAGGACUAGACGGGAAAAGGAGAACAGUGAAUUUUACGAACUGGCCAAAAUGUUGCCUUUACCGUCGGCCAUCACCUCCCAGCUGGACAAAGCAUCUAUAAUAAGACUGACAACGAGUUACCUGAAGAUGAGAAUUGUUUUCCCUCAGGGUUUGGGUGAGGCUUGGGGUCAUGCAAGUCGAACAAGAUCGUUGGACAAUAUUGGACGAGAGCUGGGAUCUCAUUUACUGCAGACAUUGGACGGAUUUAUCUUUGUUGUGGCGCCAGAUGGGAAAAUAAUGUACAUCUCAGAGACAGCGUCGGUCCAUUUAGGAUUGUCUCAGGUAGAGUUGACUGGGAACAGUAUUUAUGAAUAUGUCCAUCCUGCCGACCACGACGAGAUGACAGCUGUGCUGACGCCACAUCAGCCCUAUCACUCGCAUUUUGUCCAAGAAUAUGAAGCGGAGCGCUCUUUCUUUUUGCGGAUGAAAUGUGUGCUGGCAAAAAGAAACGCAGGCCUCACUAGCGGUGGAUACAAGGUGAUCCACUGCAGCGGCUACCUGAAGAUCCGUCAGUACAGUCUGGACAUGUCGCCUUUUGAGGGCUGCUACCAGAAUGUGGGUUUGGUUGCUGUGGGUCACUCGCUGCCUCCCAGCGCUGUGACGGAGAUCAAACUGCACAGCAACAUGUUUAUGUUCAGAGCCAGUUUGGACAUGAAGCUCAUCUUCCUGGACUCCAGGGUGGCAGAGCUGACGGGUUACGAGCCCCAGGACCUGAUCGAGAAAACCCUGUACCAUCACGUCCACAGCUGCGACACCUUCCACCUCCGCUGUGCACACCACCUCUUGCUGGUAAAAGGCCAAGUCACCACUAAGUAUUAUCGUUUCCUGGCGAAGCACGGCGGCUGGGUCUGGGUCCAGAGUUACGCCACAAUCGUCCACAACAGCCGGUCCUCAAGACCUCACUGUAUAGUCAGUGUCAACUAUGUCCUCACGGACACAGAGUACAAGGGAAUGCAGCUGUCUUUGGACCAAAUGAGUCCAACUAAGCCAGCCUUCCCCUAUGCUGACAGUCACAGUGAAGAUAGGAAGAGCACCAAGUCACGUCUGACCCAGGCCAAGGCCAAAGCCAGAGUGUCACCCUACCCACAGCAGUUCUCAGCUUUCAAUCCAGAGCGUUCAGAGUCAGACCAAGACAGCCAGUGGGGAGGGAGCCCGAUGACAGACUCUGCAUCUCCUCAGCUGCUGGAUCCCGGAGAGGCUGCUGAGGCAUCUUGUGCCUACCGACUGUAUCCAGACUCAGGCUCCCUGUGCUAUGGCCUGGGUCUAUCAGAAGAUGAUCUCGCCCAUGCUCAGACGCAUCCUCACACCACCACCUGUGACCGAGUGCGAUGCCAGAGUGGCCGCUACUUCCUUGGAACCCCCCAGUCGGGAAGAGAGGUGUGGUGGGACGCCACGCGCUCUGUGCUCUCGCUGCCAAAAUCAUCUGUGGAGAAUAGCGAGGGCUACGAAAUCACAUCCUACCAUGGAGCCAUUCACGGACGGGGCCACUGGGAUGAAGACAGUGUCGUCAGUUCACCUGAUGGAGGCGGGUCCACCAGUGAUUCCGGUGAGCGAUUCCAUGGUGACCACUUCCGGGCAACCCCUCGAGAACCCAGCAAGAUGGAGACACUGAUCCGAGCCACACAGCAGAUGAUCAAAGAGGAAGAGAGCCGUCUGCAGCAACACAAGGCGCCGCUGGACGUUUCAGGCCUCGCCAAAGCUCACAGCCCGUGCUUCACCUCCUCGCUACCCCACCACUCCCAGCUCACUAUGCCCAGCGUGGUGUGCCGUGGCCCGGGAGCCCCCAGUAUCGACCUCUCCUCUGAACGCCUCCACCAUCGGGACAGCGUCAAAGUGCUCGGCCCACACGACAAUGACGAAAACACGACCAGUCCGGUGUCUCUGUCUCGUCUCAGCAGCCCCAGCUCUGAUGGCAUUCCCAGGUCGGGCCUGUCCCUCACCAAAGACUAUAUGCAGACGGAUCUGUCACCACACCCUCCGCAGCCCCAGGGGAGCCCGCUGCUCUAUUCGGCCCAGGAUAGGCAGCCGCUGGACAGGCAGGCGGCCUAUGCUUUGACUGGAUACUCCCUGGAGCACCUGUAUGACCCAGAGAACCUUCGGAGUUACUCAGGCCUGGCCUGCGGAGGAGUCCAGUAUGAUGUGGCAUCCCAUGUGAGGAUGCAGGCCGAGCAGAUGCAGGGACACAAGGCCACCUCAGUUAUCAUAACCAACGGGAGCUGACGAUAUCUGGUGCAGAUAGGUCCUGUUCUGUAGAAGGUGGUGCUUUAUGCACAUGCAAACUCUGACCAGGUGCUUAAUACAAACAG